UGAAAUUUUAGAAAAACUCAAUAUGUCUGCGUCCAUGAACAAGCGUGGUCCCCUUUGACAAGCUCUUGAGAAAAACAUGCAGAACGACGAAGUAAUCUGGGGUAUCAUCAACGGAACAUUCUGUUCAUUUAAAGUCAGGACAAAAGCACAGAAAUUUUGCAGGAAUGAAUUUAAUUUGACUGGAAUUUGUAACAGAUCAUCAUGUCCACUUGCCAACAGUCAGUAUGCAACAGUACGAGAGGAAAAAGGUAUAUGUUACCUGUACAUGAAAACGGUGGAAAGGGCAGCGUUUCCAGCUCGUAUGUGGGAAAAAGUGAAGUUGUCCAGGAGCUAUGAAAAAGCGAUAGAGCAGAUUAAUGAAAAUUUGAUCUACUGGCCAAAAUUCGUCAAACACAAAUGUAAGCAGAGAUUCACUAAGAUAACACAGUACCUGAUCAGGAUCCGCAAACUGACACUCAAACGACAAAACAAACUUGUACCCUUGAGCAGAAAAGUUGAGAAAAGAGAAAGAAGGAAAGAGGAGAAAGCGUUGGUAGCUGCGCAGAUUGACACCAACAUAGAGAAGGAACUGCUAGAGAGGCUGAAGCAGGGAACAUACGGAGAUAUAUACAACUUCCCUACACAUGCCUUCGACAAAGUAAUGGAUGAUGAAGCAGAGAGCGAGUCCGAAUCUGAAACAGAGAAAGAAAAGGAUGAGGAAGGAGAAGAAGAGCUAGAAGAGGAAGAAGAAGAAGAAGACGAUGAGGAUGUUGGGGAGGUGGAGUAUGUGGCUGAAGAGGAGUUUGAAGAAAGUGAUCUGUCAGACAUGGAGGAUGGAGAGCGACUACAAGACAUCAGUGACAGCAGCAGUUCGUCAGAGGAUGAGCGUGCAGCCAUUCAUAAAAAGAAAGUGAUGAAGAGGAAACGAGCUCGAGUAGAGAUUGAAUAUGAACAGGAAAUGGACCAACCAUCAACUUCAAAAAUUAAAGCAAAAACUUGAAUUAUGUAAUAAAAUAUUGUUAAUGUU